ACACGUGAGUUGAGUCAAAGGACCGCGGUGCUGUUCCAAAGUAGUGUGUCUGCGUGUGCACUGUGUAGUGUUUUUAAGUGUACUUAAUACGAAACAUAUUUAGCUAAAUGUGUCGUUACGCUCUUUUGGGUUCAUUUUCUGAACAGACCUUCUCACUUUGUGCAUUGUUAUCGUCCUAGUUCGCGAUUCUCUAAAUUCUUCUCAGUCUAAUUGACAACAGUUGAUCUUAGUCAGGUCCAGCGCGUAGAACCCAAUGUAAACAAACCCCGGUCCGCGGUCGAAGAUUAGCUGUUUUUAUCCACAAAUUCGUCUGGAAUCAUCGUCAGAGGCUUUCACUUGCCUUUAAAGUGUGUUUGAGUCAGCGCGAGAUGAUUUGGCCGCUUAGCCAGGCCUUGGACUGAAGUUAAAGCCAUUUAUUUGAGUGUCAGAUUCGUAUCGAGGCCUCAUAUCUGUGGAUGAGGAAGUGAACGGACCGAGCUCACCCAGGAGAAAGGAUCCCAUUUCAUGGAUGAAUCCUCUUUCCUUUACUCCUGGGUGAACCGGUGAUCUGUCAAAAUGGAUGAACAGGAGGCCUUGAAUUCCAUCAUGCAAGACCUGGUGGUGCUGCAUCGGUCCAGUCGACCAUCUGGUCUGUCUGACCUGAGCAAACCCAAGGCCUCUUCUCCAAAGAAUCAGAAUGACGUACGGGUGAAGUUUGAGUACAGAGGAGAGAAGAGGAUCCUACAGUUCCCUCGACCUGUCAGUCUGGAAGAUCUGAGCGCCAAAGCUAAAGUAGCGUUUGGGCAGAGCAUGGACCUGCAUUACACCAAUAAUGAGCUUGUGAUUCCAUUGCGUACUCAGGAUGAUCUGGAUAAAGCUGUGGAGCUGUUGGAUCGUUCAGUGCAUAUGAAGAGCCUGAAAAUCUUGCUGGUGCUCCCCUCUUGCACUCAGAAUUCUGUCUCCAGUAAAGACAUGUUGCCUGCUCAUGAGAACUUGGACAACACAGACUUCAGUGCUGCAGAUAAAAAGAGCAUGCUGGCACUCAUAGGUUCUCAGUCCACCGAUCGUAGUUCUCCUCCUCCAGGCUAUAUUCCUGAUGCUCUGCAGCAAGUGGCCAGAAACGGCUCUUUCACCAGCAUCAACAGUGAGGGCGAGUUCAUUCCAGAGAGCAUGGACCAGAUGCUGGACCCUCUGUCUAUGAGCAGUCCUGAGAAUUCAGCAUCAGGCAGCUGUCCUUCCCUGGACAGUCCACUUGAUAGUGAAACCUAUCCCAAAUCUCGAAUGCCUCGAGCCCUGAGCUACCCAGAUAACCAUCAAGAGUUCCCUGAGUAUGAUAUACCAGUGUUUGAAAAAACAGGGAAGGGAGGAACCUAUCCUAGGCGAUAUCACAUCUCGUUUGGUUUGCAGGACUACAGCGAUGGACGGAAGACCUUUCCGAGGGCGCGGCGGACACAGGCUCAUGGUUUCCGUUCUCCGGUGAGCUUCAGUCCUACAGAGCAGCAGAGCCCCAGCACUAGCAGUGGAAGCAGCAUCUUCACUCCUGACCUAGAGGAACCAGGCCGCAGACGCCGUGGCAGCGAUAUAGAGCCCAGCUCUAACCCUACUCUAUCAGUCAUGGACAUCAGCCCUCCCAGCCGCUCCCCUCGAGCUCCUACAAACUGGCGUCUAGGGAAGCUUUUGGGGCAAGGAGCGUUCGGGCGAGUGUUUCUAUGCUACGAUGCGGACACAGGCAGAGAACUGGCAGUUAAACAGGUUCAGUUUGACCCGGAUAGUCCAGAAACCAGCAAGGAGGUGAGUGCUCUGGAGUGUGAGAUUCAGCUGCUGAAAAAUCUUUUCCAUGAGCGCAUUGUUCAGUACUAUGGCUGCUUGCGGGACACGCAUGAAAGAACGCUUUCUAUCUUUAUGGAGUACAUGCCUGGGGGCUCCAUUAAAGACCAGCUGAAGUCGUACGGUGCUCUGACGGAGAAUGUCACACGUAAAUAUACACGGCAGAUACUAGAGGGCGUGUGCUACCUGCACAGUAACAUGAUUGUACAUAGAGACAUCAAAGGUGCCAAUAUCCUUCGGGACUCUGCGGGUAAUGUGAAGCUGGGUGACUUUGGAGCGAGUCGGCGGCUUCAGACCAUCUGCCUGUCUGGUACGGGCAUCAAGUCAGUGACAGGUACACCGUACUGGAUGAGUCCUGAGGUCAUCAGCGGAGAAGGGUAUGGCAGGAAAGCUGAUAUCUGGAGCAUCGGCUGCACCGUGGUGGAGAUGUUGACUCAGCGGCCGCCCUGGGCGGAGUACGAAGCAAUGGCAGCCAUUUUUAAAAUCGCCACACAGCCCACUAACCCCACUCUGCCGCCUCACGUGUCGGACCACUGCCGCGAUUUCCUUAAACGGAUUUUUGUGGAGUCUAAACAGCGUCCCGCUGCUGAGGACCUAUUGCGGCACACUUUUGUCUACUAGCCACUCCACCUUCCAUCUCUGACCAAUCAGAGACUUCCAUAUAAGUGUCUACAGGACCAUCCCCUUUUUAGACUCCUCCCAGCAGGCCUAAGAGCCCCCCACUGGACCAGAGCGCAUAGCGAAGAGGGCAAUGGCCUAAUCUCGCACCUCUGCUGGGGCAGGACGGUGAUUUGGAGCAGCUUGACUCCGUACGAAAACAUUGCACCUUAAUUUCACUCUGGGGUAAGUACCCCUAAAGACUAAUGGAUAUCGGUACCCCAAAAGACUAAAGGAUGUUGUCUUUUAAAGACUUUCAUUUCUUUGUUUUUAAUGUUUUACAAUCCCCCAUGAUUGUGAGCCUUGGCUCUGGGGAGUCCUGUUGGGUUCUGGAUGCACUGGGUUAAUGCAGGAAGAUCUCGGAAUGUCAACCCCAGAACAGGUACGCCAAUACGCUGCUAAAGGGUAAAAGGAAAAAAAAAAAAAAAAUGAAAUGAAACCGAAUAGAUGACAGGAUGUAUGGGACUCUCCUGCUCAGCUGUCAUGGCUCCUAAAAGUUCUCAUUUUCUUGCACAGUCCUCCUAGAACCUACACACACACACACACACACACACGUACAUGAACUCUGAUCGAAGAUCCUACUGUAGAAUAUUUACUCACUAUGCUGUAAGAACAUUUACAUUUGCUGAACUCUCUCUCACCUUCCGAUCGCAGCCACUCUCUCCAGCUCUAGAACUCGUCAGGAUCUCUUGUACCCGUUCCUUUCAACCUUCUGCUCCGUUUCUGUUUUUACUGUGUGCCUUUUUACAAACAUCUCCUUCCUCGUUUUAUUGUAUUCUGCUCUGUCUUAAGUGUCCAAUCAUUUUUCUAGAAUUUUCUAGGUUUAAUGCACAGCUACUCACAAGUCUUUCUGACUUUUGGUCCGUACAGGAAUUCUUUAGAACAGCUCGGCUCUUCUUACUGUUUCUAGAUCAGCAUAAGCAGCUCCGCUCUGCCUUUUCCCCUUUUGGUCCCUCUGCUGGCAAACUGAUCUCGGGUCAGAUUCACCUGUGCAUUCUUUCAACACAGUGCCGUACACUUCAAUCUGAUCAGGUAGGCAGGUUGAAUACACACUCACUCACCAAAGCGAAAAACCUGAACCACACAGGCCGGGUUUAGUGCCUGGACAUGAGUUCACCAACAUUUUACAGUAUGAAUCGCUCUGAUUCCACUAGAAAUCUCAAUAGCAUAGGGCGUUAGAUUGGAAUAGAGAAAUGGAUUGCGCUCAACAAGAAAGUGAAAACUGUAAGUGCACUUCCAGUCAACACAACACAACCAGGAUCCUUUCUGCUGAUGUUUUCCAUACCAGAAGUCUGAUGUUGUAAUUCAUCAGCAGUGUUGCUCUCAUAAGAGUUUCUCACUCUGAUGUAUUUCUGCAGGUUUCAGAAUGUGCAGAUUUUCACAGAUCAUAACAAUUCUCAGCACUUGACAGUUCUUGGCGGUUUGCCUGUAAAUGAACCUCGCUAUCCCACGAUGCCUUGGGACUUGUGAAGCACUUGGUUACACACUCUCUGCUAGUGCAUUUGCUGUUCAAGAUCUCUCCUUCACGUAGUGCUGUAGUGCCUGCCUUCAUGUCGGUGAAUACGUGCAUUUUUGGGGGUCACCCUUGUUCCUCCCAUAAUCCAUUGGGUUUGUUUUCUAUAUGCCUCGUCACAAACUGCCGUUCCCAAUUCAAAGGUUAUAGAUUUCCCCUCUCAUAAAUAUGAAUAUAGAGUAUGGUACUUGUAAUUUAACACACACGUCAUUUAAUAGUCAUAUAAUGGUAACGAACAAUUAAAGCUCAAGCAGUGAUUUCAUAUUGCUUGCUUACAGAACACGUUCGAACAGGACACGGUCUUGUGUGUAAAUCUGUAAAUUAUUGGUCAAAUUUAUACAUUUGGUUCAAUGACAUACUCCUAUAUUACAUUAGCACAUAGUGUAAUGAGAAUACUUUUAACUUCUGAGUUAACAAUGAUUUUGAUAUAUAUUUUUGGGAGAAUACUAUCAAAUAUGUCUAUCCUGAUGUCAUAAUGAUGAAAAAAGACACUUCUUUUUAAUAUUUAAACGGUUGUUCAAUGGCUAAAGCAAAGUCGUGCUGAAAUCAACGUGCCGAUACCAUAUAGAGGGCCUUUGCACAAUCAUGACUGUGUGCUAAGGUCAACAAGUCUCUUAAAAUAUGAUAUCAUUUAUGAUAAUACUUAUUUUUAUGACAGGUUAGUUCAGGUAGUAAAAUGAUAUUUACUUUAAUACAAGCUUUAGUAUUAAAUUAAAAAUCUGUUUAACUUGAAGAGUUAUUGGUAAGACUGUGUGAACGUUUAGCCAUAUGAAACCAACAAAAAGUACGUUUUUAAUAAUCAUUAUUUAGCAUUGACCCAUGUGUCCACGGAUCAUUGUUCGUUUUAAAACAAUGGACCAAUGAGCAUGUCUUAAAUCGCAUUCUGGUUGAAUGGGAUCUGUUGUGUUGUUUUAACACAAGAACGUGUCCUGUAUGAACGCCAGGCCAAAAGAUUGUGCUAAUAUAGAAACUAGCUUUUGCUGUCAGUAGGUACAGCUAUAGUAACGGGACUCAGACGGUAUGAUUACACUCCAAGCAAACGUUUACGGUUUUGUUUUUUGUUGGUGACUAAGAGAGUCUACCUCCAUUGUGUUGAGUUAAUUUGGAAUGAUUUCAUGUGGCUGUUCCAGAUCGUGAAAACUGGGAACGAAAAACAUGGAAGACCCGCUCACACAGACCAGUUCUCUAUCCGAGUCCAAACUUGGCCUACAGCCAUUUAAAAAAAGGGGGCAGGCCCACUUUGUAAGCCCCGUGCAGCUCUUUUUUCUUCUUCUUUAUUUUGGUUUUCUUUUUUGAUGCCAUGUGUUGCCAACCUUGGGUUGCUGUGGCAGUAUUUGAAGGAAUUUCUCCGCACCCAGUAUAAUGAGCUAAAUUUCUGCUCUGUAUAGGUUUAAAGUGCCAGUUCGUAGAACUAAAUCCACAUUUAUUUUCAUUUAAGCAGCGAAAGCAUUACCAUUUCAGAUGGUGUACAGACAUACUACAAGUAAAGUAGGCAGUGUAUGUUUGUAAUGUAUGUACUGUUCAUUUUCUUUUGAUGCUGAAAUGUUUGCACAUUUUGAGACCUUGAUUUUUACACUGAUUUUAAUACUUUUGCCAGUGUUCGUCAGUCAUUUUGCGUGUGUGUUUUUGAGCGAUCUUGUGUGAGUCUGAAUGCUUGUUGAGAAUCUGAGAAAACGGUUGCCCUGGUUACCAGCUUUGUUGGCUAAGUUGGUCACAUGGUCACUCUCUGAGGCUCACAUUUGGCUCUUGUCAGUGCCAGCGCUAUGCUCUCAUCCUUGUGAAAUGAACACACACAAACGAUGGCUGGUUCUUUUAUGAAUUCAGAUUUUAAAAAUGAGAGCCAUAUGUCUAAAUGCUGACCAGUGCCAAAGAAACUGACUGGUAUCCUGGUUAGAGGAUGGUUUAAUGCAAAUCGGGAAUCUUCCUACUGGAAUGUAAUGUCAGAUAUGUCUUUUUCCUCCACUAGGUGGAAUCAUAGAACUAUUUGCCUGUAUAUAAAAUGUUGGAUUUUUUUUUUUCUUCUUCAAAAUAUCUCUCCACUUAACAAUAGAGUUCCGUAGCUGCAGAAUGCAUUCUGUUUAAUUUAUGAUAAUAAGUGAUUACGGGAAGUUCUCCGUCAACUCAAACACGCCACUGCUGCCACUCCAGGGUCAUGAAUGCACUUUGUAUUUGUUUGUGUGGGUGUUAUAUUGUCUGAGUGUGUCUGUAUGUGUUUGUCUGUGUUUCAAAGAGACUCCUUUUCUGUGUGCCGAUUGAGUGAGAUUAUUGCCAGCGCACUCAAUGCCUUGCGCCUUGUACAACCGAUGACAGAAAAGUUAUAAAAAAAAGAAAUUCAAAAGAAGAUAUGAACUCUGAAAUGUACGUUUUUGUAGACAGUACACUUAUCUGGUACAGAACUUGUAUCUGUUGUUUGUUCUCUUUGUCUAUUGUAUGAGAAAAGCCAUGUUUAUAAUUCAAUUUGGUUUGUGACCAAUAAGCCUGUUUAUAUCAAAAUCUGUAUAUCAGUGGUACGCAUAUUUUUUUUAUAUAUAUAUUUUUAUUUUCUCUUUUUUUAAACUCAAAUUCUACGCAUGAUUGGCAUCUCUGUGGUCUGCUGAUGGCAGCACUGAUCGGGCUAUUUGCAGGAUGACAUUAUGAGAUUGUCUAUGACGGCUGGCACUUUGUAAAGUGUUGCUAAUGACGAUGAAAAUAAAUAAUAAAAGAUAUUUAUUUCACA